UGCGAUUCUUUGCCUCCCUUCUAUCCAAAUCGUUUUCUUUAUAAAUAACAUUAUACAUCCUUGCAAAUUCAUCUUCACCAUAGUAGCUUCUUGUUUCCCUGAAAUAAAAAGAGGGUCUUGAAAAGUUUCAAAAGUAGGCAAAAAGAAUCCCAUUUCUCCUCUUUGGCGAUUGACCAGAGAUGUUACACAGGUUGGAGUCCCUGGAAAGCUGUACCUAUGACGGGAUGGACAUGACAACAAGGUUGAAACGGAAACAACAAUACUAUGUGGUUCAAAACAACAAUCCUGUUGAACUAUGUGCAAGUUCAUUGCCUCAGUUUCAGGGUCUGAUUGGAAACAAUUUAGGUAGUGGACAAAUGGUUGAGCUGAAAAGGCCAGAAGAUUUUCUGGGUACCGAUGAUUUUCAGGAAUUUGUGAACUUGCCAGUAGCUGGACCGGAGUUCGGUUACAGUGAAAAGCUGGAUUUGGCGCCGCCUGAGGCUGCUGCAGAUUACUGUAUUUCUUGGACUUCUAGCUGUCAGAUUACAACGCUCAAUACUGCUGUUAUGAAAGAGGAAAGAGAGGAUAUGAUUUUGGAGAAAAUGGAAUCCACAACUGGCAGUGGCAGAGCGAGCUUUAACAAGAGAAAAGCUGAGGCUGUUGCAGACCAUAAAAGGAAUAAAGGUGAAGGGGAAGGGGAAUCUGAGGUGAAAACAAAAUGCAGUACUGAAAUUUCCAGGAAUUCUUCUAAGGAAAACUCCAAGGCAUCUGAGGUUCAGAAGCCGGAUUACAUUCAUGUAAGGGCGCGUCGUGGCCAGGCUACGGACAGUCACAGCUUGGCAGAAAGGGCCCGAAGGGAAAAAAUUAGUAAGAAGAUGAAAUGUUUGCAAGAUUUAGUCCCUGGUUGCAAUAAAAUCACUGGCAAAGCUGGAAUGCUUGAUGAAAUAAUCAACUAUGUUCAAUCUCUCCAAAGACAAGUCGAGUUCUUGUCUAUGAAAAUUGCUGCCUUAAAUUCAAGUGUUGAACUGAGUGUUGAAAACUUACCUAUGAAAGAGUUUCCUGCUUAUGUCGCCAAUUUUCCAGCAGCUGCUAAGUUACCGGAAAUGGCCGGUUUGCCCUGCUUUGAGCUGAAUCCAUUGCAAAAAGAAUCUGUAAAAUGCAUGUUAAAUGAAUCAAUGCAUCCUCCCCAAACUGAAGGAAUUGCAAGUGCUUCUGUUUCUAUCUCAGAACAAUCUCUUAGCUCAUCCAGCAUGACUCAACUGCAACCGUUCUCAACUUGGAACAUGGACCCUCAAGGCCUUUAUAACAUGUACAAUAUGGGAUUUCAUUAAGAUUGACCAACUAAUUUUUGUCUCCUACAUCAA